AUGACAACGGGCACUGGCGGUCUGACUGUACGGCGUCGACCUCCUACACCCAGAGCCACGCACCAGGAGCGGCUGAACAAAAUGGCUCCACCAUCCAACGUGGACGCCACAGUUCAGCAGCUCCGACGAAACAGUGCACUCCUCGUAUUAUUCUAUGUGGUGCCCUCAAGGACCCACCUAGUCACACCUUUGAAAAAAACAAGGAUUGUGUAUCCACGUUUACUGGAAGCCCGGAGUCCAGAUAGUCCGCUAAAGAUCUUCGUGAAUGACGAAAUAACCCUAAAUCUCGAACGAGCCGACGUUUUUCCUGAUAUGUUUUUGCUACGGUAUUUCGAAGGAGAAACAGAAGUAAAUGAAUAUAUUAAAGGAUCAGACCUGAGCAAUAAGGUGUAUCACGACAGAGACCAAAUGGCUGCCGUGUCUAUUGAAAGGGAUAACGGAAUUCGCGUGGAAGGAACUAUUCUCAAAAAAUAUCAAAUAAGGCCAAUGAACCGACAGGAGCAAUCGGAUGCCGGCUUUAAUGCUCACGAAUUGAGUGAAGUUGAGGAGCCUUUUCCGAAUACUCGUGAGGAUUUGCCUGAAAUGGUGAACCCUGAAUUGUACGUUCUCUUUGAUGCUAACUCACAUAAAUCAAUGGACAAGCCCUUGAAAGCAGCGAUUUAUGUGGCCAUACUGACAGUGUCCCGGAACAAGGAUGUCUUCAUCACGGUGCUCGGUGACAAAGCGUACAUGACCUUGCGGAACUUGGUGUUUCCAGAAACGCCGGAAAAAAUAACGUAUCAACAGAUAAGAGAGGUCCUGCUCAAGCACGACAAGCCCAAACGCUACAUCGUUACAGAGGACCACGAUUUCCACAAGCGCACUCAGGGGAGACAAGAACCAUUCGACGACUUCGUGGUAGAACUGAAGUGUUUGGCUACGAACUGUGCGUUUGGUGCUUUCUUGAGCGAUGCGCUGAGGGACCAACUCGUCGUGGGGGUGCGCAGCGAAGGAACACGUUACAAGCUGCUCGCCGUAGAGGACGGAAACGACCUGACGUGGAAAAGGCGUGCGUCACUGCCACAUCAAUGGAAGCUGUGA